GUAUUUUCCUCUAAAUCCACUGCGACUCUCUUCUCAUAAUCUUCUCGUCACCUUCUCCGACGUCGAUUUCUCCGGCGGUCUCCGUCGACUUCCGUCUCCGACAAGGUUUAGUUGAAGCUUUGGGUUGGGAGAUAGAAAAUCACAAUGGAAGAGAAGGAUGUCUAUACGCAAGAUGGAACGGUGGAUAUUAACAAAAACCCGGCAAACAAGGAGAAAACCGGCAACUGGAAAGCUUGUCGAUUCAUUCUAGGAAAUGAAUGCUGUGAGAGAUUGGCGUACUAUGGGAUGGGUACUAACCUGGUGAAUUAUCUCGAAAAGCGUAUGAAUCAAGGCAAUGCCACGGCUGCGAACAAUGUCACGAACUGGUCGGGAACUUGUUACAUAACUCCCUUGAUUGGAGCAUUUCUUGCUGAUGCUUAUCUUGGUCGGUAUUGGACCAUUGCCAUCUUCGUUUUCAUCUACGUCUCCGGCAUGACCCUUUUGACAUUAUCAGCUUCGGUUCCUGGAAUCAGGCCAUCCAACUGCACCGGCGACACUUGUCACCCGACCUCGGGUCAGGUAGCCGUCUGCUUUGUUGCGCUAUAUCUGAUUGCUCUAGGGACAGGUGGCAUAAAGCCAUGUGUCUCGUCCUUUGGAGCAGACCAGUUUGAUGAGAAUGACGAGGCCGAGAAGAAGAAGAAGAGCUCUUUCUUCAACUGGUUUUACUUCUCCAUUAACGUCGGUGCUCUCAUUGCUGCAACCGUUCUUGUCUGGAUCCAAAUGAACGUGGGCUGGGGAUGGGGUUUCGGUAUUCCUGCGGUGGCAAUGGCCAUUGCGGUUAUCUUUUUCUUUGCUGGAAGCCGUUAUUACCGGCUUCAGAGACCCGGGGGGAGUCCAUUGACGCGUAUUUUUCAAGUCAUAGUCGCGGCCUUCAGAAAGAUGAGUGUGAAGGUUCCAGAGGAUAAGUCUCUGCUCUACGAAACCGCAGAUGAAGAGAGCAAUAUCAAGGGUAGCCGGAAGCUCGCCCACACGGACAAGCUAAAGUUCUUCGACAAAGCUGCGGUGGAAACUCAAUCCGACAGCAUCAAAGAUGGACAAAUAAACCUGUGGAGACUCUGCACAGUCACACAAGUCGAAGAACUCAAAUCCAUAAUCAGACUUCUCCCGGUAUGGGCCUCGGGAAUAGUUUUUGCCACAGUCUACAGCCAAAUGAACACAAUGUUCGUCCUCCAAGGCAACACGAUGGACCAACACAUGGGCAAACACUUCGAGAUCCCUUCUGCCUCUCUCUCCCUAUUCGACACGGUCAGCGUUCUCUUCUGGACUCCCGUCUACGAUCAGGUCAUCGUCCCGUUUGCAAGAAAGUACACGGGCCAUGAACGAGGCUUCACUCAGCUUCAGCGUAUGGGAAUCGGCCUCGUGAUCUCCAUUUUCGCCAUGAUCACUGCAGGAGUCCUCGAGGUCAUCAGGCUCGAUUACGUCAGAACCCACCAUGCGUUUGACGAGAAACAGAUCCCGAUGUCCAUUUUCUGGCAGGUUCCUCAGUAUUUUCUUGUCGGGUGUGCUGAAGUUUUCACCUUUAUCGGUCAGCUAGAGUUUUUCUACGAUCAAGCUCCCGAUGCCAUGAGAAGCCUGUGUUCAGCGCUGUCGUUGACCACCGUCGCCCUAGGGAACUACCUGAGCACGGUUCUGGUUACGGUCGUGACAAAGAUCACGAGAAAGAACGGGAAACAGGGUUGGAUUCCGGAUAACUUGAACAAUGGCCAUCUCGAUUACUUCUUCUACCUGCUUGCCGUUCUCAGUUUCCUCAACUUCUUGGUCUAUCUCUGGAUAGCUAAGCGCUACAAGUACAAGAAAGCUGUUGGUCGGGCACUUUGAUGCAGCCAAAAGGGUUUCAAGAUACGAUGAUGUUCUGAAUCUUGUAUUGUUUGGUCUGUUUAGAUUUGGUUUGGAAGUAUUUGCUUGUUUAUGUGUGUAUAUAUACAAGUACCUUUGUUCAUGUCUCCUGCAACUGUUCAAGUUUUAUCUAAAUAACAAGCUUUUGUUUUCAUCUCUUUUAUGGUA